AUGGCAGAUUUUCGGCUGAAGAUGGUGGAGCUGCGGGUGGGAAUGACGUACGCUCACCUUCCUCUCACAGUAGAGGAGCUCAAACCAGCAGCAGCUGAAGGCGACCUGAUGGCCAUGUGCAACCUUGGUUGGUGCUUCUUCAAUGCAGUUACAGUCCAAAAGGAUAGGAAGACGGCCGUUUCACUGUGGAAGAAGGCAGCAGAAAAAGGGAAUGCGGGAUCUUGCUACAAUCUCGGAUACUGCUACACUUUUGGGAUCGUUGUAAAGCAAGACGAUCAGAUUUCUUCAGAUUUCUUCGCCAAGUAUCAUCGUUGUCGGAACACUGAACGUUUCAAUUACCUGCUACAUCAUCGAUCCUCAUGA